AUGGGAAACCUUCCCGCUGCUCGAGUGACUCCCUCUCGACCAUUUUGGAACGUCGGAGUUGAUUAUGCAGGGCCCAUCUGGCUGAGGACGUCCAAGGGCCGGGGUCAACAUGCAUCAAAGGCUUUUUUUGUUGUCUUUGUGUGCCUCUGUUCUAGAGCCAUUCAUCUGGAUGUGGUCUCGGACUAUUCCGCCGACGCCUUUCUGGCUGCGCUGCGUCGCUUUGUGGCACGCCGUGGGUUGUGCCACACGAUCUACAGCGACUGUGGCACAACCUUCGUUGGUGCUGACUCCCAGCUACGGGCCAUGUUCACCGCAAGCAGCAAAGACGGACAGCGCAUCGCUGCACGAGUGGCCGAGGAGAGGAUCCGCUGGCGAUUCAAUCCCCCAGCAGCCCCAAAUUUUGGUGGGAUCUGGGAAGCGGUCGUGAAGUCUGCGAAGCAUCACUUGAGGCGGGUAUUAGGCGAAGCGAAGCUGACCUUCGAGGAGAUGACAACUCUCCUCGCUCAGAUUGAGGCGUGUCUUAACUCGCGCCCGAUCCAGGCCAUCUCGGACGAUCCAGAGGAUUUUGAGGCGCUCACUCCAGGGCAUUUCCUGAUUGGGUCUUCACUAGAUGCCGUACCCGAGCCAUCUUUCUCAGAGGUGCCUAUGACACGCUGGUCUCGGUGGCAGUUGUUGCAGCGGAUGCGUGAUCGAUUCUGGGAACGGUGGUCAGCGGAAUAUCUGCAUACGUUGGCGCACCGCCCUAAAUGGACCAAGGCCUGCGAGGAAAUCCGCAUUGGUCGUCUGUGCCUGCUGCGUAGCGAGACCACACCGCCGAAUAGAUGGCCACUAGCGCGGAUUGAGAGGCUGUAUCCAGGAGAGGACGGGCAGGUCCGCGUAGUCGAUGUGCGCACUGCCACGUCUUGCUUUAAAAGGCCAGUGAGCAAGCUCGUCCUGCUGCCAGAGAGUGUCACCAAGGAGGCUAAUGGCUGA